ACGAGCAAAUAUUGGUCAGUCUAGUUGAAACAGAAGAACGAUUAAGUGCUGAUAGUUUAGAAAAUAAGGGAAGAACACACACGCUCGCUCUACAGGAAGAUUUCUGGUGCGCCGCAAUUAAAGUGAAAUAAAAAAAAUUAAAAAAAAAAAAAUGCCAUCCGGUGAGCAAAAUGGUGACACACCUGUAAAGAAUCCAUUAACUGUACCAAGGGCAAAGUGUAACGAUAGUGCGAAUAUUAAAGUCGAUAACGGUAAUAAAACCAUUAAAGCCAAAUAUGUAAUACAUAGUAGUGGUACAGUUCUAUUGCCGAAUCAUGACAUACCGAUUCCAACAAAGUUCAAUACCUCCGAUAAUAUACUAGAUCCCUUUUGUGAUCCUGCGAAGCCACAAAAAAUAUCCUUUCACGAUGUGACCUCCGCGGCAUUUCUGAUUAAGGAUGGUGUGGUGAGAACACCAUGUCCGCGUUCCACGUCAUCUGACUCGUAUGGCAUGGAUUUGUAUUUGAAAAAGGAUUUCCAGCAAGUAACUGGCAGUUUCAAAGAGCGUGGCGCUCGCUAUGCUCUUCUUUGCCUCUCCGAAGACCAGAAGCGGACUGGAGUGAUAUCAGCCUCACUAGGAAAUCAUGCCCAGGCCCUAAGUUAUCAUGGCUGGAAACUGAAUAUACCCGUCACAGUGGUGAUGCCAAAGGCGGCGCCAAUAAUGAAAAUUCAAAAAUGUCGCAAUUAUAAGGCUACUGUGAUUGUUGAGGGCAAGGAUAUGGCUGAGGCAAAGGCGUUGGCACUAAAAAUGGCACAGGAUAAAGGUUUGCUUUACAUCAAUGGCUACGAUCAUCCACACAUUAUGGCGGGUCAGGGUACCAUUGGUUUAGAGAUUUUGGAGCAAGUGCCCAAUCCCGAUGCUGUGAUUAUACCUGUUGGUGGUGGUGGACUUAUAGCUGGCAUUGCAACAGCCAUUAAGGCACUAUCCCCUGCUACAACCGUAAUUGGCGUGGAGUCUGAAAAAUGUCCCAGCUUUUCGCAGGCCAUGGAAAAUAAUGGACCGGUACACACACCCAUAAAUAAUACCUUAGCAGAUGGUUUGGCUGUGCCUAAAGUGGGUUAUAAUGCUUAUGUCACUGCUCUUCCACUCAUCGAUAAGAUGGUAGUGGUGAAGGAGGAAUGGAUUGCUUUGGCCAUACUGCGUCUGGUGGAGGAGGAGAAGUGUGUGGUAGAAGGUGCUGGCGCUGCAGGACUGGGAGCUAUAUUAGCGGGCCAAUUGAAUGAGUUGAAGGGCAAAAAAGUUGUAAUUCUCCUAUGCGGCGGUAAUAUAGACACAACCGUAUUUGGUCGCUGCUUAGAGCGCGGUCUUGCCGCCGAGGGACGCUUGGUUAAAUUUCUAGCUGAAGUCAGUGAUCGUCCUGGUGGCAUACAUGAACUCUGCAAACUACUCUCACAUUUGGGUGUCUCGAUUAAGGACAUCAUGCAUGAACGCGCUUGGCUGAAGGAUAUUUACACUGUGGAGGUUAAAGUCGUCUGUGAAACACGUGACUGGGCUCAUAGCAUGGAAUUGAAAAAUGAGUUAAAGAAACAUUACACAAGAGUUGAGUUCUCUGAGGAACCUUUGGCCAUAAAUUACAGCGUAGCUUCUUAAGAAAUUUUCGUAAAUUAUUUAACACAUAACUAUGUACACGCUUACAUACUUUUAAUAACUUUUGAUUUUAAUUUAUAAAGCAAUAAUAAAGAAAUAAAAUAUAUUUUACACAUA